ACUUAUCUUUAAGGCGAUUUCUUGAUGUCAGCUGAGUGAGCACUAGGCCUAAGCCUGGCCUAAGCCUCACUGGCCCCCCCGCCGAUGACUGGAAACUAAUCCGACACGAUGCAGGAUGCAUUCCAUCACUCAGCUCAGCUCAGCUCAGCUACCUAUAUUAACCAGUCAUCCCCGGGUUCUCAGCCUCUCUUCCUCCAGAAUUCACACACUACAACCUAAGAUCACAACAGACACAAUGGUCCAACCUUUGGAGAUCCGGUUCCUCGCAACCGACCCCAACGCAUGGAGUAUAAUCACCAUCGCCGAAGAACUCGCAAUCCCAUACACAAUCCACCCCUACCAAAUCCCCCAAUCUCGCUCACCAAGCAUCAUCCCAUCGACCCAAGAACUCCCAAGCAAGUACCCUUCGGCAAUCCUACGCUACCCUACCCCAGAUAACCCACCCGUGAUUCCCUCCCCAAACCCCCCCCCCAGAACCCCACCCCCAAUAACAACAACUAACAAAUUAUGAAAAAUAGCCCUCACAGACCCCAACACAAGAACCGCCCUCUUCCACGCCAACCCGAUCAUACAAUACCUCGUCGACCACUACGACCACACAAAUGCUCUGAGCACUAUUGCUACCACCACGGAGAAACACCUUCUAAACCAAUGGCUGCAUCUCCAGACGACGCUGAGCGCC